UUAGAGAUUGUGGAUGAACAUUAUGAAUAGAGAGAAAGCGUGUCACGUCGACUGGGAGUGAAGUGAGGUGGAAACAAUAUUGGUUCUAUGAAGCCUUUGUGCUCUGAGUAGCCAGCUCGAGGCUAACGAGAAGAGGAAAAAAGUGAGAUCUCUAUGGAGACUGUGCUCGAGUUGUCACAAUGAGAAGUCAGAUAGACGACUAUCAUGGGGGCACUGGUUCCAUGCACAUCCUCUAGUCUCUCUUGCGGCACUUAACACUACAAAAACAUCUUCACCAUGCGACUUGAUUGGGUGGGUUUGGGGUGUAGUGUGGUGGCCAUUCUCAUCUAUUUCAACACAUUGGACGCCCAAUUCGUUUACGAUGACACGCGUGCCAUCCUUCAGAAUGCAGACAUCCAGAGCCACGCCCCACUCUCUAACCUCCUCCUCAACGAUUUCUGGGGCACGCCCCUUUCACACUCAGGCUCUCAUAAAUCGUAUCGACCACUCACCACGUUCACUUUCAAACUCAACUACAUGUUGGGUGGGGGAUAUAAACCGUUCUCAUAUCAUCUGACCAACACCCUACUUCAUGGUCUGGUCACAUACUUCUUCGUAAUCCUCGUGAAAACCUUCAGCAACGCCAAGCGCGAGGCCGUCAGAACUGCGUGGAUGGCUGGAUUGCUAUUCGCCCUUCAUCCCAUUCACACGGAGGCUGUGGCUGGAAUUGUGGGCCGAGCUGACAUCUUGUGUGCUCUUUUCUUCAUUCUCUCGAUCCUGGAGUAUCGUAAUCACAUUGGGAGCAAUAAUUCCCAUGGACAUGAUGUCGGUUAUUGGUGCCAAGAACAUGCCAAAAGAGAAGCAUCACACCACCACUUCAACAGUAACAACAACAACAACAACAACAACAACAACAACAACAACAACAACAACAGCAGCAGUCAUGUCAAGCACAAGGCUUGGAUGGAUCAUGAAUAUAAAUGUCGUGACAAAAAUGGGAAUAUGUCUCUUGGCGAGGGAAAGAAAAGACACCACUCCUCCGCCUCCUCUUCCUCUUCGUCUUGUUCCUACUCGGCCUCCUCCUUCUCUACGAGCUGUAACCACUCCGACUUUUGGGGAAACGCCCAGCUCUACCAAGGGGAAAAGUUCCAUCUCAGUUUGACAGUUCUACUAGCAGGAUGUGCCAUGUUGUGUAAGGAACAGGGGAUCACCGUUCUUGGCGUGUGUUUCAUGCUCGAUCUCCUGGAGCCAAGGAAAAUCGGACGUUCAAGACAAAGACAGAGUCUCGUGGUCCUCACCAUUGGAACCAUCGCCCUAAUGUACCUCAGAGCUAUGGUCAUGUCAUACUCCACGCCAAUGUUUGCCAAAGCAGAUAACCCCGCCGCCAGCAGUGAUUCUUGGCUCACUCGAUUACUGACUUUCGUUUAUCUUCCAAUAUUCAACCUGCUCCUCCUGGCCUGUCCAGUUUCCCUGAGCUUUGACUGGUCCAUGGAUGCAAUCCCCCUCAUAUCGAGCUUGAGUGAUCCCAGAAACCUGACUUCCCUACUCGGAUACGCUCUGUUGGGCACAGUGUCGGUGAAAAAUGUGAUACUACCGGUGGUUGGCGCGGUUCAAGAUCUGCUGAGGAGCAAAACAUCGAGCUGUGAUGGACCAGCUCUGUCAAAAUUGGCGGCAACCAUCAAGGAGCAUCAUCAGGUGACAGGUUUCUCCUUGAUCCUAAUGGUACUCCCUUUUUUGCCGGCCACCAACCUUUUGUUCUACGUGGGCUUCGUGGUGGCAGAGAGAAUCUUGUAUGUUCCCUCUCUGGGUUUUUGCCUCCUCUCAGCCCAUUGCGUCGGAACGGCCUUUCGAAGGCUGCGACGCCACCUACCAAGAAAAAUGGGCUGGGCUUUGCAAGCGAUUUGUUGCAGCUUGCUCUUGAUCUCAAGUGGACUCAAAACGUGGACGAGGAAUCUAGAGUGGAAGGAUGAGGAGAGCCUCUAUCGGGCGGGACUUAAGAUUAAUCCAGCUAAAGCAUUUGGAAACCUGGCCAAUGUCCUUACUCAGCGUGGCAAACUCUUGGAAGCGGAAACGGCCUUUAAGGCCGCCAUCUUGCACCGACCCAACAUGGCUGAUGCUCAUUACAAUCUAGGAGUGUUGUACCAACAAGAAGGAAACGUCACCCAAGCCAUCGAUUGCUACCAGAAAGCCAUUCAUUUCCGGCCGAAACUCAUCCUGGCCCAUCUAAAUCUUGGUCUGGCCUAUUCCUCCUUGGGUCAUAAAGACGCCAGUCUCAAGAUAUUGGAAGGAAUUCUCCACAUUGAUGACGACGGUCUCAAAGACCCCAAGACCCAUGCCAAUACCCAGAUAUCAGCCAUGUACAAUAUGGGCAUGAUCUUACUCGAAUUGGGAAAGGCCAGCGAGGCCAUUCCCGUUUUGAGGAGGGCAGAGACCCUCGGACGACCCUCUCAAUAUGAGCACAUCCAAGGAGUGCUCCACUUGCUCGGAGAGGCCUAUCAAGCUGUCAACCAAACAACCCAAGCUGAAUAUUGGUACCAAGCAGCCACCAGUUACACGCCACCACAAGUACCAGCCUUCAUCAAAUACGGCAAGAUGCUAGCCAAGAAUAAAACCCGUCUCUCCGAAGCCGAGGAAUGGUUCGCCAAGGCAAAAACGAUUGCCCCUCAAAAUCCAUCCGUUCAUCUUCACUUGGGUCUGUUUCUGAUGGACGCUGACAGGAAUCUGGAGGCCGCCAAUCACUUUGAGAUAGCUUCCAAUUUGGAUCCCUUCGACUACGAGAGCGCCUUCAACGCCGCUGUAGCGUUUCGCUUGACCGGUCACAAUCACCGAGCGGAGCAAUUCUACCGAAAGGCCACCAACAUCAGACCCAAGGACCCGAGCUCGCACAUGAACUUGGGGGCCAUGCUCCAUCUUGUUGGCAAAUUGACGGAAGCCGAAGAUCAUUACCUUCAAGCUUGGCAAUUGAGACCGGGUGACACAGCCACCAAGACUAAUAUUCAAAGACUACACAAUAUCAUGCGAGGGCGUGGACUUCCAGUGCAACCCGUCGACCUCCACUAGGUAGCAGGAAUCGAUUCUUGGCACGUCCCAGUCAUUUUCUCCGAUCGUUCUGUGAUAUUGCAAACAUACCAAAAAAGUAAAUUAUACUUAUCCAACUACAA